ACCUCUCGGCCACGAAGCCGUCACUGAUGUGUUGCAGGGUUUGCUCCCAGCGGCGCCGCACAAACUCCAAGCGCUCGUCCUGCAGUGCCCGCAUGCGCUCCACAUGCUGCAGGUGACGGCGCCGCACCUGAGCCGACUGACGCUCCGCCUCCUGCAGGUCACAUGUCAAGCUCUGGGAACAAACAGGAAGCGACAAGGCUCAGCUUCGCUUUUGUCUCGCACCGGCCGGGAGAGCUCCUAUGUCACCUUGAUGACAUCAUCGAGGCCGUCCAGCUGUCGCUCAAAUGUCUGAUGCAAGAUGGCGAUGUCACGGCGUAGCUCAGCUGAUCUGGCAUGGCUGAGGACGGCUCGCCAUCCUUGAUUGAUCUUCACAAGAUUGACGGCAGAGUUCUUCUCCUCCCUCAGAACUUUGUCCUGCACCGCAGAGACACGCCCAUUUCAGCUGUCACUAAGUGACGUCAUCAUCAUGAUAAUGCAAUGUCUGACAUUGACAAAUGACGUCAUGGGAAUGUUGAAGUGACCUUCAGAAAGAGCGUCAGAAGCUCCUCCCUCUUUCUGCCGGUUUCCUGCUGGUCCUUCACUUGUCGACGUCGCUGAAGAAGCUGCUCCUCCUCCUCGUCCUCCUCCAAAGUCCUGCCUCCUUUCUUCAUCUUCCUUGGCAUCUUCACCAUCCAGCAAAGCUAGCAGUGCGCAUGCGCGCUUGAUUAUAGUGGUUUCCCCUGGCAACCAUUGGCGGGUAACGUGGGAUGGCAGCACCGCCAACCAACCGCUGCUGUGAGUGACUGGUUGAGCUCCGCCUACUGAUUCAUUCAGCGUGGUGCGUUCACGGGACGGUGGAGGAAAUCAGGUCAUCUCGGUUUGUACCAUACAUGACUAUGUAAAGUACUGAAAUAUAUGUCUGUUUGCUCCAUAUACAUGCACGUGUUUCUAUAUGUACUGUAUGUGCAUAUAAAUAUGUGUGUAUAUGUAUAUAUUAUAUGUAAAACUCAACUCGGUGGUGAAAACUAAAAACGUAUUGCAAAUAUUUAAAAGUAAAGAGUGACAUUUGGACUCCCGGUGUCGUCGAAGCGCCGCUGCUUUAGUGCAAAGAAACGUUUCUCGUCAUCUCACGCCAAUUAACGGAACACGACACUAGCACACAGACAUUUCCGAGCUUUGUUGCGGCCCGUGAAGUAAACGAAAACUUGGUCAACAAGCCUGCGGUGAUCCGGGACAGUUGGUUCGUGUCGCGGAUUGUCCUCUACAGAGGCAUUCACUCACCCGGGACGAGAUCAACCGGCAACCGAACCGUCGCUGUACUAUUGAGCCAGAACAGCGGCCGCCGAGAUGCCGCUCCUACACAGGAAGGCUUUCAUCCGCCAGGAACCUCCGGCCGACCUGAGCCCCGACGAGGAGGUCUUCCUCUGCCGUAUCACGCACGAAGUCUUUCGCAGCUACGAUGAGUUCUUCGAGAGGACCAUCCUGUGUAACAGUCUGGUGUGGAGCUGCGCUCUGACCGGGCGAGCAGGUCUCACCUACUUGGAGGCGCAGGAGAGUGAGCGUCGGGCCAAGCAGAGCCUCCGGAACUUUCCGCCCGUGUUGGUGACCCCGCUGUUGCACCUGGCGGCGCUGAGCCACCGCGGCCGACUGAGCGAGCUCUGUGAGGAUGUCCACGCUUUUGUCAAAGAGCGCUUCUUUGUCGGAGAGAGGGUGGAUGUCAGCGGACGCAACGGAACCAGGCGGUUGUGUGAGAUCCUUCGGGUCUUGCCUCCACAUUCCAGCGCCAACGGCGCGUCCACCAACAACGGUCACGGCGCGUCCGCGGACGGCGUGGCCAUCGUCAUCAGCGACAGCGACGAAGAGGGCCACGCCUUCCAGAGUCCCGCCGCACAGGUCAAGAGGUCAGCAGGUGAAAGGUCGCAGAAGACGCCUCUCAGCCCUUCGGCGUUUAAAUACGAGGUCAGGACGACGACAGACGGACAUGCCAAGCCGUUCGUCGUCAGAGCCAAUCAGAUCAGUCGUAGGAAGAACGUGGUGUCCCGAGAGAGACUGAAGCUGCUCUUCAAGCAGCACUGCGAACCCGCCAACGGAACCAUCAGGCUGAAGGCGUCCAGCGUGAGCAAGUACCGGCUCUCCGAACACAACUUUUCCCACUUUUUUCCCGAUGAGCCCCCACAAUUCCCUUUCAGUUCUGGUGUCAAAGCAGAGGGGCGGGGCUCACCUGCACAGGCUAGCACUUCGCUGAUGAAGCUGGACAAGGAGAAGCUGAAGGAGGAGCAGAGGAGGAGAUUUGAGGAGGAGAAGCAGAGAAGAAGAGAGGAGAAGGAGCGCAGGAAGCAGGAGAAGGAUCUGGAACGAGAGAAGUUAAAGGAGGAGAAGAAGAAGUAUGCAGAGCGACUGAAGCUGUGGAACAAACCCAGGGAGGACAUGGAGUGUGACGACCUGAAGGAGCUACCCACUCCGGUUCCUGUGAGGACUCGUCUCCCAGCCCAGCUGUUUGGAGAAGCUUUGAUGGUUCUGGAGUUCCUGCGGUCCUUUGGGGAGGACUUUGGCCUGAAGGAUGAAUUUCCGGAUGGAGUCUCUCUCGAGGUUCUGGAGGAGGCCCUGGUGGGUUCUGAUCCAGAAGGUCCUCUUUGUGAGCUGCUUUUCUUCUUCAUCACAGCCAUCUUCCAGGCUCUGGACGAGGAGCAAGAGGAGGUGACUAAAGAUGAAGACCUACCAGAAGCUCCAGACGAUGACUUGGACCGCUCCGACUUGGCUGUGAGCGCUGCGUCGUCAUCGGCCGCGGCGUGGCCUUCGCUUCAUCUGGGCUGUAGCCUCCAGGAAGUGGACCUGGACAGCUGCACUCUGUCUGAGAUUUUACGUCUGCACAUCCUGGCGUCCGGCGCCGACUGUAACAACGCCAACGCCAAGUUCCGCUACCAGAAACAAGGCGGAUUCACGUUGACGGACGACCCGUGUGUGGAGCUGUGUUUGGCACAGCCGGCGCUCAUGAGGAGGCUGGCGUGCUUGGCCGUCUAUGACCUGAUGCCAGGUGAGAAGCUGGUUAUCUUGCAGGCGUUGGUGGGCAAGCUGCUGUCCCUGGCGUCCAGCAGAGACCUCAUGGAGGAAUGCGUGGAACAGCAACGUGCCGCCAGGCAGGAAUUGCGAGAGAUCCGGGCGGAGCAGCACCGGCGAGAGCGGGAAGAGGCGGCACACAGGGUCCGUCUCCGUAAAGAGGAGCGCCUGCGCGAGCAGGAGCAACGUCUGAAGCUCAAGGAGCAGGAAGUGCAGGAUGAAACCAAAGCUGGGGGUAGAGGAUCUCUGACGGCUUCUGACCACAAAGCCCCGCCAUGUCCUCCUGCCAGCCUGACUGCAGAGGAGCAGGAGGAGGAGCAGGAGAAGGUACGACAGCUCCAAGAGCGUAUCCAAAAGGCGGCGUCACGCACAAGCUUGCUGCCGCUCGGCAGAGACCGUUUGUACCGCCGCUACUGGCUCCUUCCGUCGGCCUCGGCGCUCUUUGUGGAGGAGGACAGUUUUGGCCUGACGGAGGACAUGCUGCAGCCCCGCCCAAAACACACCCAAGACCCCACCACCACCUUAGAGGACGGCGAGCACAGCCUGGAGGAACCUGCAGAGGGAAGUGUCGGCUCGAGCCCCGCACCCCAGUCCACCUGCGGGCCUCCAGUGAGCCGACCAAGCCAGUGGUUCUUCUACAGCUCGGUGGAGGAAUUGGACCAACUUAUAGACGCACUUAACCCGCGAGGACAUCGUGAGAGUGGCCUAAAGGAGGCGCUGUUGCAGGAGCGAGAACGUCUGCAGGAGUUGCUGCAGACGUGCGAGCGCAGCAAGUACACGUGUGCAGAUGAUCCGGAGUCCUCGCGAUCCGUACCGGAAUGCACUGCUGCAGCCGAGACCCUCAUGGAAGCGAGACUGCGAGACCUGCUCCUGGACAUGGAGGACCGCAUCCACCAGGGAAGUCUGGGAUCUCUCAAGGUAAUGGACAGACACGUGUGGCGCUCCGCGUUGGAGACAGGAAACUAUGAGUUGCAUUGUACAGACGAAGGGACGGACACACGGGUGGACGACAUGGAGGUGGACCCCGUACCCCUGAAGCCCCGAGACAGGUAUGAAACUCAUGUGCCAAUGAAAAACAUGUGCCAAGACAUAAACACGUCCACUUCCUGUCUUUUCCAGGCUUCCGUCGAAGGUACCGCGGUCCAUCGCCUGGCUCGGGCGCUGGCCCACAUGGAGCGCGGCAUCGAGAGACGCUUCCUCAAAGCCCCGCUAGGCGAGGAAGACUCCAAGAAAGAACAGAAGACUAAGAAGAGCAAGAAGAAAGAUGAGGACCAGGCCAGUGACGACGGCAGCGACAGCAUCCGCUUGGUGAAGUCGGUGUUGGAGCGAUGGAGGGAAUCUUUGUUGUCCUCCUCCAGUUUGUCUCAGGUGUUUGUGCAUUUGUCCAGCCUAGAGAGAAGUGUCCUGUGGUCCCGCUCCGUCCUCAAUGCUCGCUGCCGGCUUUGCAGACGGAAAGGCGACGCCGACAACAUGCUGUUAUGCGACGCCUGUGGCAGGGGACACCACACCCACUGUCUCAGGCCCCGCCUCCAGUCCGUUCCGGAAGGAGACUGGUUCUGUCCAGAUUGUCAACCCAAAAUGAGAUCCGGAUCCGUUUCUUCUCGUCAGAAUUCGUCUCUCAAGCGUGAAGAAGAAGAACCGUCUGAGGAUGAGCCCGAAGAGGAAGAGUCGGAUAACGAGGAAGUUGUGAACACCAGGAAGAGUCAGGCCACGCCCCCUAAAGCCAGGAGCCACCAGGCCACGCCCAAGAAUAAGAAAAAGUCCUCAUCCUCCAAGGCGUCGGGUAAAAAGGCCACGCCCCCUCCUUCCAAAGCCAGCAUGGUGACGUCCGGCGGCAAAAAAACGACCCCAGACACGGCGCCACGUGCCCAACCCUGCAAGCCCGUCCUCCCUUCCACUUCCUCCUCUACUUCCUCCCCCUCGUCGUCCAGACGCCGCUCUUCCGGUAGGAACCACGGCGUCCACGAGCUGUCGGCGUGCGAGCUGCUGAUUGUGGAGCUCGUCCGCCACGAGGACAGCUGGCCCUUCAUGAAGCUGGUGUCCCGCACACAGGUGCCAGACUACUAUGACAUCAUCAGCAAGCCCAUGGCACUCAGCACCAUCAGAGAGAAGGUCAACAAUUGCCAGUACCUCAGCGCAGGUGACUUCAUGGCGGACGUGGACUUGAUGUUCUCCAACUGUCUGCAGUACAACGCUCGUCACACUAACGAGGCCAAAGCCGGGAUUCGCCUCCAGCAGUUCUUCCACUCGGAACUCGGCAGACUCGGUCUGUCGGAGCACGGCACCGCCCCGCCCGCCAAGCGAUCUCGCCACUGAGGACGCACGCCCUUUUUGACCCCCCCCACACCACCGUCCUCUCUUAUUACGAGUACGAGGUGACUUGUUGGCCCCCACCCCACCGGAUGGGUGCAAAUUGUGACCUUUCACCCUGAUGUUCAGAGGGCAUAGUUUAAUUUCAGGUAAAUAGAAUAAUCCCACUAAACUACUGACUUGAACUCUGACCUGCUGCGGCGGCAGGGACUUCCUGUGGGCGACUUCCUGUGGCGUUGAAAAGUUCUCAGGGACACCGAGGGUUCUUGCUGCCUACCAAAAUAAAACAUUCCCCUUGUUUAGCUUUUUUUUUUUUUUUUUUAAAUCAGUCACUUCAUUUCAUGAUGUGGCCACGCCCCCCCGAGGCCCGCUAACAGCAGCAUUCCUACAAAAUAAGAGUUAAGUUAUUAGUUGCUAUCUUAGCAUGUUGCUCACUUUAAUGUCAUGAAAGGUGUUGAUGAUGAUGAUGAUGAUGAUGAUGAUGAUGAUGAUGAUGAUGUGGUGAGAAUGCAGCUUAUUGUUGAAUGUCCCCUGACCCUAUUUAUUUAUGACUGUUAGAUGUCCAGCCCGCGUCCUACAUUUGAAAAUA